AUUAAUCAACAUGCUGUUAAAAACGACUGUUCUAAUUUUAAUAUCGAUUACUGUGUCAACUAUAACCUCAAAAUCUUGCAAUCCUAGCUACCUUCGAGAUGGUUCGUACUUCUUUAGUACCAAAGAAAACUUUAUGUACUAUCCUUGGCAUACAUACGUACCACCCGAGGGCCAGGUGAAGUAUAUGAUAGUCAGAGAUGAACAAAAUAUUCCGCAAAUAUGUAAGGAUGCUACCAAGUACAACACGUUGCAGGAGAUUAUAUUCUACAAAAUCAAUUUACAGUACAUGGAACCUGGUUUGUUUAAUAGUAGACAUUUGGAACAGGUAUUUAUACAAUAUAACCAGUUGAAAAAUAUUCCUCUAGGAUUGUUUAAUGGUACUAGUAUAAGAAGUUUGGUGUUAAGUGAUAAUCAAAUUGGAUAUAUUGAUGAUGGAGCUUUUAAAGAUAUGCACAAACUAGAAGCUAUUGCGUUGGAUUUCAAUAAGCUGAAUCAUUCAAUUCGGAAUGGUUUAUUGGUGCUAGUGUCUUCUAUGAGUUAAGUUUUACACAUAAUGAAUUGAGGGAGCUACCAGCGGAGACUACAAAAUAUAUGGUAGAAUCUUUCGACAAACCAUCGUUCAAAGUAUUUGGUGCUAUCAAUUUUGAUAAUAAUGGUAUUCGAUUUAUUCAUCAGGAUGCCUUCAGCAACCUAAGGUAUUUCGGAGCGAUUAGUUUGAGUAAUAAUAAAAUCAUGGAACUGCCUGAUAAAGUAUUUAGCCGGUUCGAAUUUUUGUUGACACUAUACAUGAACACUAAUUCCUUUAUUUGUUUUACCAACCGGACCGUAAACAGUUUUCAUGGUGUAAAGAGAUUAUUUUUGGGAGAUAAUCACAUCAACGGCGAUUGUGUGCAAAGGAUUAAAAAAUAUUUUGAUUGGAAAAAUGAUUUAGUGUAUUUUUAAAAGUUUGUGUAAUUUAGAUUAUUUCAUUUAUACCCAAGCUUAAUAAAUAGUUUUUAAUAGACAGU